GGCGGGCGCCAGAUGCCGACCCAAGCGGAAGUGACGUUAGGCGUCCGCCGGAGGUGUCGUUGGUGUGUUGCGCGACCGGCCUUGAAGAAGAACUGGGGCCUGCUCCCGGAGAAAUACAGCUAUGUCGAUCGAAAUCGAAUCUUCGGAUGUGAUCCGCCUUAUCAUGCAAUACUUGAAGGAGAACAGUUUACAUCGGGCGUUAGCCACCUUGCAGGAGGAGACUACUGUGUCUCUGAAUACGGUGGACAGCAUUGAGAGUUUUGUGGCUGACAUUAACAGUGGCCAUUGGGAUACUGUGUUGCAGGCUAUCCAGUCUCUGAAAUUGCCAGACAAAACCCUCAUUGACCUCUAUGAACAGGUUGUUCUGGAAUUGAUAGAGCUCCGUGAAUUGGGUGCUGCCAGGUCACUUUUGAGACAGACGGAUCCCAUGAUCAUGUUAAAACAAACACAGCCAGAGCGAUAUAUUCAUCUGGAGAACCUUUUGGCCAGGUCUUACUUUGAUCCUCGUGAGGCAUACCCAGAUGGAAGUAGCAAAGAAAAGAGAAGAGCAGCAAUUGCCCAGGCCUUAGCUGGUGAAGUCAGUGUGGUGCCUCCAUCUCGUCUCAUGGCAUUGCUGGGACAGGCACUGAAGUGGCAGCAGCAUCAAGGAUUGCUUCCUCCUGGUAUGACCAUAGAUUUGUUUCGAGGCAAAGCAGCUGUCAAAGAUGUGGAAGAAGAAAAAUUUCCUACACAACUGAGUAGGCAUAUUAAGUUUGGUCAGAAGUCACAUGUGGAGUGUGCUCGAUUUUCUCCAGAUGGUCAGUAUUUGGUCACUGGGUCUGUUGAUGGAUUCAUUGAAGUAUGGAACUUUACUACUGGAAAAAUCAGAAAGGAUCUUAAGUACCAGGCCCAGGAUAACUUUAUGAUGAUGGAUGAUGCUGUCCUGUGCAUGUGUUUCAGCAGAGAUACAGAAAUGUUAGCAACUGGGGCCCAAGAUGGAAAAAUCAAGGUAUGGAAGAUUCAGAGUGGACAGUGUUUAAGGAGAUUUGAGAGGGCACACAGUAAGGGUGUCACCUGUCUAAGCUUCUCUAAGGAUAGCAGUCAGAUCCUUAGUGCUUCUUUUGACCAGACAAUUAGAAUUCAUGGUUUAAAAUCUGGGAAAACACUGAAGGAAUUUCGUGGCCAUUCCUCCUUUGUUAACGAAGCAACAUUUACACAAGAUGGACAUUACAUUAUUAGUGCAUCCUCUGAUGGCACUGUAAAGAUCUGGAAUAUGAAGACCACAGAAUGUUCAAAUACCUUUAAAUCCCUGGGCAGCACCGCGGGGACAGAUAUUACCGUCAACAGUGUGAUUCUACUUCCUAAAAACCCUGAGCACUUUGUGGUGUGCAACAGAUCAAACACGGUGGUCAUCAUGAACAUGCAGGGGCAGAUUGUCAGAAGCUUCAGUUCUGGUAAAAGAGAAGGUGGGGACUUUGUUUGCUGUGCCCUCUCUCCCCGUGGUGAAUGGAUCUACUGUGUAGGGGAGGACUUUGUGCUCUACUGUUUCAGUACGGUCACUGGCAAACUGGAGAGAACUUUGACAGUGCACGAGAAGGAUGUGAUUGGUAUUGCACAUCACCCUCAUCAGAACCUGAUUGCUACCUAUAGUGAAGAUGGACUCCUAAAGCUCUGGAAACCAUAAUUCAACUUUCCUUUUUAAAUCAGUGAAAGGACAUACUUAAAUGAAGGCAUAUUCAUGUAAUGUGCUUUUUUUUCCUUUCUUUUUUUUUUUGGCCCACUUUUCUAAGCAAAUAGAUUGUCUGAAUUAGUCACAAGAAUAAUUUUGUGAAAAUUCAUGCUUAAGUAGCAAGUAUCCCUUCCUUUUUUUUAAUAUAUUUUUAAGGUAUUAGUUUAUCUUCUAACUGGUGCAGUCACUUAAUGUUUUCAUUAAUCUUAUACCUGGAGAGUGAAAUACCAAUAUUUCUAGAAAAAAAUUCUACUCCUUUGAUUAUUUGAAAUGCUGAUUAAAAUGUCCCUCCUAUAGUAAAACUUGUAAAUAAGGAACUAUAUCAUAUUCAGUAGCUGUAUUCUGUUCCAUCUUUUUUUUUUUUUGAGAUGGAGUUUUGCUUGUUGCCCAGGCUGGAGUGCAGCGGCACGAUCUUGGUUCACUGCAACCUCCGCCUCCCAGGUUCAAGCGAUUCUCCUGCCUCAGCCUCCUGAGUAGCUGGGACUAUAGGUGUGUGAUACCAUGCCUGGCUAAUUUUUUUGUAUUUUUAGUGAGAUGGGAUUUCACCGUGUUGGCCAGGCUGGUCUCACACUCCUGACCUUAAGUGAUCCAACCGCCUUGGCCUCCCAAAGUGCUGAGAUCACAGGCAUGAGCCACCAUGCCCAGCCCAUCUUUUUUUUUUUUGAAGAUGUUAAUAAACUUUAUACCUUUCUGGAGACUUUGUUCUAAAAUGUAAAUAAAUGCUCAUCUAGUUAACAUAUUUACUUAGAAUUUGGGAGGAGUGACAUUAUUAUCCCCGAAUCUCAAGUAUAGCAGAAGUGAAUUCCUGGGAUAGUAGGAUAGACUAACAUGUAAAAAGGCCAGGGAUGCAUAGGUUCUCAUUUCACUGCCCUCAGCUUUCCUCUCCUUCUGAGCUGUGCCUUCUCACAUGUUCAAUCAACUCCAGGGAAUAUUGUCUCCAUCUUCUGAAUAGAACUAGUUGCAGGAUCCGUUACAAGAAUUCAGAGUUUUGUCAUCUCCCCUUUGUACGUUGUAGGGGAUGGUUUGGCAUUGGAAAUGUGCUGUUGUUUCAAAGAAAAGUUAGCAAAAGGACUUGAGAUUUAGAAAAGUCUCCUUUGUAAUGUGCAUCAUUACCAGUUAGCUAAAGAAAAACAUGUAAAAGUCAACAAAACCCUUGAAAAUAUUUUGCAUAUGGAUGUCUGUUUCAUGUUUCAACUAAAGAUGUAUAGAGCACCUCUGAUGAUGAGGAAGAUACUGUGCUAGGCACUACUUUCAAGAAUGUGAGUUCUUGUUUCCACAGGCCUUUUGUGCCCCCUUUUAAAUGUUAGCAUUUAUUAGGUACAAACUAGUGGGGAAGGUUUUUUUAAAGUUUUGCAGUCUUGUAAUUUACUUUUUUAAAAAUUUAUUUUAUUUUUUUGAGAUGGAGUCUUGCUCUGUUGCCCAGGUUGGAGUGCAAUGGUGCCCUCUCAGCUCACUGCAACCUCCACUUCCCAGGUUCAAGCGAUUCUUGAUACUUCCCGAGUAGCUGGGAAUACAGGCACAUGCCACCAUGCCUGGCUAAUUUUUAUAUUUUUAGUUGGGGAGGGAGUUUCACCAUGUUGGUCAGGCUGGUCUUGAACUCCUGACCUCAGGUGAUCUGCCUGCCUCGGCCUCCCAAAGUGCUGGGAUUACAGGCAUGAACCACCGCGCCCAGCCUUGUAAUUUACCUUUGAUUGUGACUUGAAAUGCAGUAUGAUCCUAUGUGGGGCACGUAGUAAUGUUCAGUGUUUGCUGAAUUAAUUCUGAGCGACACUAAGAAAUUCCUCUUUCCCAGUCAUAUUCUGUAACAUAUUUCCCAUUUGCCACAAAACCUGCAGCUUUUUGGCCCAGGUAAUGUCAUUUGCUGCCAUUUUGAUGAUUUUAAAAUGGUCGUGGGAGUUGAACAUAGUCAUGAAUUCAGGAUUCCUGAGAAUGUAGACAGCCAUCCCAGUGGAAAGAAACGUUCACUUAAGUAAGAGAAGUUUGUUAGAAAGAGGAAACAGUUUAUGCUAAAAAAAAUUUUUUAAAGUCUUUGAGAAGAAUUUUUGAUUUAGUUUUGACCUCAUGAAGCUGGUAGUUAUGCAUAGUUUGUACCACCGUUUAUGAAGAUAGAGAAUCUAGUCAGCACGUGUUGGUUUAUUCUAGGAAUUUUUAUGGAACACUUCUGUUGCUGGCACCAAGUGCUGACUAUGGUUUAAAAAAAGACUCGCCUAAACAUAGGGAAGAAGAGCAUAUUAAAAGGAGUAACUAAAACUGA